UAGCGUGGUAUGGUGGCGGCCUCCUCCUCUUUCUCUCUCUCUCUCUCUCUCUGUCUCUCUUUCUCGCCGCACUGAAACGGAGCAAGCGAGGACGGAGCGGAGCAGAGUUCGCGUAGUGGCGAGAAGAGGGGUAGGGAGGAGUACGUGAGUGCGUGCGAGAGAGAGAGAGAGAGCCGAAUCAUUCGCGUGAGAGCGAAUGAGCGAGUGAGAUGCAUACAUAUGUACAUACGCGCGCGCGUACAGAUGCGCGCUUAGACGUGUGUGUGGAAUGAUUCGAGCCCGCGAGACACGCUCGCACCUCGAUGAUCCGCGCCGCCGCUGGCCGCAGCAGCCGCCGCCGCCGCCGCCAGUGAAAAUCGCGUGAACGCACGCACGCACGCAGCAAGAGCUUGGGUUUACCAUGGGCACGUUACUGGCUAUAAAAGAGAUCGUACAAUAUUCUCCUAAGCCUGAAAUGGGGACGAGGAGUCCUUCAGCGUAGACAUGGACUACGAUCUGUUUGGUGAAGAUGUCAGUGGCUCGAUGCUCGAGGCUCUUCCUGAUCUCGGAGGGAACGAUCACUUCGAUCCUGCGCCUGCGAAUAAUUCCGUAGCGGUGUCCAGAGACGGUCUGAAUUCCGGCCCUAAUGGAGGAGGGAGUUACAUUAGCCAAUCCUAUAACAUUUCUCAAGAAUCUCCAAUACAAAAAUUAACCUCAUUCGGCGGAUCUGAAUUUGGUGGCUCGAAUCAAUUGCAAAAUCCGUCGCAGCGCAGCAUGUUCAACCAAAAUCUCGGUACGUUCGAUAACAGCGCGACACCUCAGCGUGCCAUGGUGCCGGGCACAUUUCAAAAUCAGGCUCGCAACAUUGCACCGCAGCACAGGGGGCCUCAUCCGGGUAGCGGCGGUCAGUAUCCUAGCUACAAUGACAAUAUAUAUUCUAUGGAGCAGCAACACUCGAUGGCGAGAGCCAACAUGAGUAUGGACCCUAGCCAACAAGGUUGGCCGGGCAACGGAAGUGGUUAUCCACAAAUGCAGAGGCAUUACAAUCAGAUGGCUCCGCAGCCUGCCACGUACAGGCAACACAUGCCGCCACAGUAUUCUCAUCAGCAAGACCAAGCUGGCGUUAUCAAUCAAAAGAUACAGCAGCAGCAACAGCAGCAGCAACAGCAGCAGCAGCAGCAGCAGCAGCAGCACUUUGGUCAACAGGGGAUGAUAGGCAACAUGGGAGUUUUGCAUCAAUCGAUGCAGCCCGCCGCGGCCGGCGGUGUCUAUCAGCACAUGGUUGGGCAGCAGCAGCAUUAUCAGCAGGGCAAUUCGGUAGCGGCGAUGUAUCAGACGUCUCCCGGUUAUCCUGGCUUCGCCUCGGCGAUUCAUCAGCAGCAGCAGGCUCAACAACCACCCCAGGCGAGAAUGCCGCACCAUCAUCCGGCGCAUCCGACUCAUCAACCGCAUCCGUCUCAUCCUCAGCAAUAUCCACAGCAUACCCCUCAACACCCGAACGCGCAGCAACAGCCGACGAUGGAUCCUCAAUAUCCCCAUCAUGCCACGUCGAUGUUCAAUCAGCCGCAACAUUCGGCGCCACCGCAGCAACAGUUCGGCACAGCGCCGGCUAAGCACUCGACGAGUCCGCAGUAUCGCGCUGCGUUCCCGCAGCUAUCGCCGCAAAUGUCGCCGCGGCCGCAGAUGUCCCCGCGUCCGCCGGCGGUACAACAGCAAAUGUCACCCCGACCCAUCAUGUCGCCCGCCAAACCCACCACGCUCUCACCGCAUCCUCACGUUCAGCUGCCUCAUCAGCAGGGCAAUCAGGCUAACGCGAUGUCGGUGUCGCCCUCGUGUCCGCCUACAUCUAUGCAAAUGAAUCCAUCGUCGCAACAGCAACAGCAGACUACUCUGCAGGCUCUCGAGCAGAUGGUGAUGCCGGGAGUCGCCGUGUCUAACUCCAGCGUCCCCGCUCCGGAUCAGUAUAAUCAGUUCCAGGCACGUCCGCCAAUGUCGCAGACACCGAAUGUUCUGCCACAGCAACCGACGGCACAGAGUCCGAUGCCAGGCCAAGUCACGGGGCCCAGAAUGCCGAUGCCCGCUCAGUGGCAAACGCACCCUCAACAGCAGCAACAGCCGCAGCAGCAGCAGCAGCAACAGCCGCAGCAGCAGCAGCAACAGCAACAGUCGCAGAUUAGGCCAAAUAUCGGUGUUAACGAAGAGAGAGGUGGCAUGAUCGAACAGCCUCAGCAGCAGGCGCCGAUGGUAUCCGAGCAGAGUGCUCCGAUGUUUCCCGUCGCUGGACCGGAGACCGCUGUUCAUAACGUUGUGGAAACAGCGACAACGACGAGCACAACGACAACGAGAGAACCGACGACGACUACGACAGAGAACGUCGUUCAGAACCCGAUUGAAACCCCAAAACCACCGGAACCCGAACUAUCUUUGCAUCAGAGCGCUCAGCAGAAUCAGCAACCGGACGCAACCGCGCAACUCGGCCCGCCGCAGGUGGAUACGUCGGCACAAAAUAAUUCGCAGAACAAUUUAUCCUUAGAUCACGCAUCUACAGUGGGAAACAUAUCUACACCGGCGAGUAUGUCUUCAAUUGAAACGGUGCAGUCUCUUCCUGCGUCCAGCACAAGUGGCAAUAUGGAGUGCACAAAUGUAACGACGUCAUUACAGCAGCAGCAGCAGCCGCAGCAACAACAACAGCAAACUGUUGCACCGAUUCAAAAUCCCGUUUCUGGCAUCGAGAACCCGAGUGUAUGCGAAACGAAGCCACAAGAACAAAGUAUGGAGGUACAUCAACCGUCACUGAAUAGUACGACGCAUCCACAACAAGCUAUAGGACAGCAACAGCAACCGCAACAUCCUCAGCAACAACCAAUCAAUUGUCCUCCACAGCAGCCAGUGCAGCAGCCGGUACAGCAAUCGGUGCAGCAGCUUCACAUGGCUCAGUCACAGAUAGUUCAGCCUCAGGCAACGAUACCGCCUCCUCAGCCGCAGCUGCAAUCGCCACAACAAUCUCAGAUGACUCAGCCACAACCUGUUCAAAUAAACCAGCAAUUGCAACCACAGCAGAUAUCUCAAUCGCAACCACCAUCGCAACAACAACAGCAGCAGCAGCAGCUGCAACAACUUGCGCCUACUCAACAGCCGCAAAUUUCUCAGCCGCAACAACCUGUAUUGAAUCAAGCACAGCCGGUACAGUCUCAACAAAUUCCGCUAGCGCCUCAGCCCCAAUUGGGACAAGCACAGCCACAGUUGGGACAAGUACAGCCGCCAUUGGGACAACCGCAGCCUCAACUGGGACAGCCGCAGGCCCAAUUGGCGCAGCCACAGCCACAGCCACAGUUAGCGCAACCGGUAGCUCAGCAGGGCCCGACUUGCGUUACGCAGCAGGCGCAAUCGACAACGGCGACACCGCCGCAGGCGCAGCCACCCCUUAUGCAACCUCAGCAGGUUGGCAUGGUGCCGCAGGGCGCCGCGCUGAUACCGCCUCAGAUACCGCCGCAGAUGCAGACGCAGCCGAUACAAAAUCCAACGUCCCAGAUGCCGAAUCAGAACGCUCAGGUGCCGCCCGGUCAUUUAAACGCACAGCAGAUACCCGCAGUCAGUCAGACCGCCGGUAUGGUGUUACCGCCUCUUCAAGCUGCGGUUCCCGUGCCAAAUUCGCAAACACCGCAUCAGUAUCACCCUGGAGGCGACAUGAUCACCGCAAACACAAUGCCGAACGUGUACAGCAUACCGACUAAUCCUGCACAGACCCCGGUUGCAGCGGGCGGUUUCGGUACGUCUUGUGCGCCGCUCACGCAUCAUCAAGAGCGAGCUGCGUUACAACAGCAAUUGCAGGAGUUGUACUGCAUGCCGCCGGCCCCGGAAAAUCAGGAGAAGAUUGUCGCCCUGCAGGAGAAGUUGCAGGCGUUGCAGCAGCACGAGACGAAUGAUCAAUGUAACGAUGGUCCGCAGUGUAUACUACAAACGCCGAUGUUUACAGCCGCUGUAGUCGACAGUCCCCAGGUCUCUAGUACUACUGGACGUGGUCGCAGCAAAGGUACGCCGCGAACAAAGAAAAGUCGCAAAAAAGCCGAUAAAGAAGCAUCUGCGCCUACCACUGCCACUCAGCAACCUGAGCAACCUUUGUCGGACAAUAAAGUCACUCCAGGCGAUAGCAGUAAUAUAGUAGACAGUGCUGCAGAUUCGGAAGAUAUCAAGCCGUCUUCCGGAGAUAUGGAAGAAGAAUGGAAUAAGGGUAGAAAGUCACGGUCGCCUCGAAAGCCACGCAAACCGAAGGAACCUAAAGAGCCCAAAGAGCCGAAACCUAAGAAGGAACCAAAACCACCCAAGGAACCGAAAUCCCCAAAAGUGGCGAGGAAGAGGAAUAAGGAUAAAGAUAAGGACAAAGACUCCACAAAGCGUAAUAGGAAAAAAACUAAUCAAUCUGAGUCCGCUGACGACGAAGUCGUACGCGAAACCGAAGAAACUACGGUUUCCGAUUCCAGUGCUGUUAAGGAUGCCGAGACGAAGGUCUGUGAACCGUCCAUACAGGGUGAUCAGGAGCAAGUGGAUUCUUCCACCAAUGAACCUCUGUUGUCCGAGGUGAAAGAAGAAGGCAAGGAGAAAACUGGGGCGGACGAUGUUACGGAAGGGGAAAAGAAGGAGGAAAGCUCGGAAGCGACUACUGCGACCGCUGAAAAUACUACGAGCAGCAGUAAGAAGAAAUCUGCAGCUAGGAAACGGUCGAGUACCGGCAAGUCCUCUGGAGGGAAAAGUUCCAGAAGUUCUAAAAAACGCAAGAGUCGCAUUGCCCCUGAUUCUGACGGCGAGGAACUAGCGGCAACUCCUCCGCCAUCGCCGGAAGCUGGCGACGAUAUGAAUAAGCGGCGUUCUGCGAGGAACACUCAUCGCAAGAAGUACGUAGACGACGUAAUGUUGCGAUUCUCGGACGAUGAUGUUCCUUUGCAAGAUGCUCAACUUUCGAAGAAAGUGGAAGGUACAAACGCUUCAAAGCCUGCUGCCGCUAAGAAGGAAGGUGGCGAGGGCGGUGAGGUCGGGCCUAACAAACCCAACUUCGUAUACAUUAAUACUACGGAUGAGGAUUCUAUGGUUGUGCAACAUAUUUUAUGCUCUCGAAUGGGAAGGAGAGAAGUUAAGCCCGUAAUACCCAAGGUAGAACCAGCGCCGGAAAAGAAUGAAAACGCGGAUAAAGAAUCUGCUGACAACAAAGAUGCGAUAUCUGAUGAUGCCGUGAAAAAGGAAGAUGCGGAAGACACGGAGAAAGAAGCAACGGCCGAUGAUGCAACCAAAGAUGAGGAAAAAAGUGAAACCGAUAGUGCGAAAAAGGAGGAAGCAAAGAAACCGGAAGAACCUCCCACAGAUUCGAAACCAACCGAGACUACCGCCGUUGUCGAGACUAAGCCACAGUUUAUCGAAGUCGAAGAAUAUUUCGUUAAAUAUCGAAAUUUUUCAUAUUUGCAUUGCGAGUGGAGAACGGAAGAGGAAAUGUAUAAAGGGGACAAGCGUAUCCAGGCUAAACUGAAGAGAUUCAAGCAGAAGCAGCAACAAAACACCAACAUUUUCGAAAAUCCCGAGGAUGAUCCCUUCAAUCCAGAUUUUGUCGAAGUUGAUCGAGUCUUGGAUGAAGCGACUCAUACAGAUCCAACUACUGGAGAGACGGUCCGACAUUUCUUAGUUAAAUGGCGAUCUCUGCAGUACGAAGACUCUACCUGGGAAUUGGAAGAAGAUGUUGAUCCCGAGAAGAUAGCUCAGUUCGUGAAAUUCAAUAAGGCGCCACCAAAGGAGCAGUGGAAGCCGAAAAAGAAGCCGACUGCUACAGCUUGGGUUAAGUUGGAGGAAUCACCAGUUUACAAGAAUAAUAACAUCUUAAGACCAUAUCAAUUGGAAGGAUUAAAUUGGCUGCUGUUUUCAUGGUACAACGGACACAAUUGUAUUCUCGCCGAUGAGAUGGGUCUAGGAAAGACAAUUCAGUCUCUGACAUUCGUGGACGCGGCCUACAAGUACGGAAUUCGCGGGCCGUUCUUGAUCAUAGCUCCGUUGUCGACUAUUCCAAAUUGGCAGCGAGAAUUUGAGAGCUGGACGGACAUGAAUGUCGUAGUAUAUCACGGAUCUGCGGCAAGUCGUACCAUGCUUCAGGAAUACGAAGUUUAUUACAAGAAUGAGAAGGGACAGCAAAUCAAAGAUUUGGUAAAAUUCAACGUGUUAAUAACGACAUUUGAGAUUAUUAUAACAGACUUUAAUGAACUACGUGGAUACAAUUGGAGGCUCUGCGUCAUAGACGAAGCUCAUCGAUUAAAGAACCGAAAUUGUAAGCUCCUCGAAGGUCUCAGACAAUUGAAUCUGGAGCACAGAGUACUUUUGUCAGGCACACCGUUGCAAAAUAACGUCAAUGAGCUGUUUUCCUUGUUGAAUUUCCUCGAACCGCAACAGUUUGCAAGUAACGAAGCAUUCCUGAAGGAAUUCGGUAAUCUGAGCAGCGAGGGCGAAGUACAAAAGCUGCAACUGCUCUUGAAACCGAUGAUGUUACGUCGUCUCAAGGAAGACGUCGAGAAAUCGCUGGCGCCAAAGGAGGAAACCGUCGUCGAGGUGGAGCUGACUAACAUACAAAAGAAGUAUUACCGCGGCAUUCUCGAGAGAAACUUCUCGUUUCUCGCGAAGGGCACGACGUCGGCCAACAUUCCGAAUCUCAUGAAUACGAUGAUGGAAUUGAGGAAGUGUUGCAUCCAUCCGUUCCUGUUGAAUGGCGCUGAGGAUCAGAUACAGUUGGAUUAUAAGACCGGCGAGAAGGAAGAUUCCGAGGCGUAUUAUCACGCCCUGGUGAACAGCUCCGGAAAGAUGGUCCUGAUCGACAAGUUGCUGCCGAAACUAAAAGCCAGUGGUCAUCGAGUAUUGAUAUUCAGUCAGAUGGUGAAGUGUCUGGAUCUGCUCGAAGAUUAUCUGUUGUAUAAGAAGUAUCCUUACGAGAGAAUCGACGGUCGAAUUCGCGGAAACCUGCGACAGGCCGCCAUCGAUCGUUACAGCAAACCCGACUCAGACCGGUUCGUCUUCUUGCUCUGUACGAAAGCAGGUGGUCUCGGCAUCAAUCUAACUGCAGCCGACACUGUCAUUAUCUAUGAUAGCGACUGGAAUCCACAGAAUGAUUUGCAGGCGCAAGCUCGUUGUCAUCGCAUUGGGCAGCAAAAGAUGGUCAAGGUGUACCGUUUGCUCUGUCGCAACACGUACGAGCGAGAAAUGUUCGACAAAGCAUCGCUAAAGUUGGGACUCGAUAAAGCGAUCCUGCAAUCCAUGAACACCAGCCAGAGCGGCAAAGAUCCCAGUAAUAAACAAUUGACAAAGAAGGAGAUAGAGGAUCUGCUGAAGAAGGGCGCUUACGGCGCUAUUAUGGAUGAUGACAAUGCUGGCGAUAAAUUCUGCGAGGAAGAUAUCGAGCAGAUACUUGAGCGAAGAACUCAAGUUAUCACCAUAGAGGCAGAAAAGGGCUCGACAUUUUCAAAGGCGAGCUUCGCUUGCUCGUCGAAUCGGUCGGAUAUCGACAUAGACGACCCCGACUUCUGGAAGAAGUGGGCGAAGAAGGCGGAGAUCGAUACUACGGAGAAGAAGGAGGAGGACGAGUUGGUGAUAUCCGAGCCCCGGCGACGGACGCAGAUUAAGCGUUACGGUCACGACGAGUCGGUGGUCGACAUGUCCGAGUUGGACAGCUCAGAAGAGAACAGCGACGACGACACGAGCAUCGGCCUGUCCGGCAGAAGCAAGAAACGACGCGACAAAUUCGGCAAGAAGUCGCGCAAGUUCUACGACGAGUACGUACCGCGCGAGGGCGAGGUUGUAUAUGGCAGUUGGGCGCGCAGCGAAUGUUUCAAGGUCGAGCGCGGACUGCUGACGUUUGGCUGGGGCCGCUGGGAGGAGAUUCUGCAGCACAGCCAGUUUCGUCGCGGUUGGCGUGAGGUCGACGUUGAGGAUUGCGCGCGCGUCAUUCUGCUCUACUGUCUGCGCUAUUAUCGCGGCGACGAGAAGAUCCGUAGCUUCAUCUGGGACCUGAUCACGCCCAUCGAGAACGGCGAAAAGGUGAAGUGCGUGUCGGUGAACACCGGCGGCAGGAACAGUCGACAGAAGAAGAAGGGCCGCGUCCGGGAGGGCAGGGAGACCCGGGGAUCGGUUAUCAACGGCGGACCGAGCGAUCCCAAUCACUGGAGCAACGCGGAGAAAUUCGACGGUGACAUCUUCCUCGAGAGCAACUACAGGAAGCAUCUCAGUCGACACGCCAAUAAAGUGCUGCUACGCGUACGAAUGCUGUAUUACAUCAAGCACGAGAUUAUCGGCGAUCUGGUCCAGCACAUCUCCGACGGCGUUCACGUGAGUGCGUUGCCGAUAGACCCUCCACAGUUGACGGAACGACCGGCGAAAUGGUGGGACUCGACAGCAGAUAAAUCCUUAAUAGUCGGCUGCUACAAACACGGCUAUGAGAAUUACGACCAGAUGAGGACUGACCCCGCGCUUUCUUUCAUUACAAGCUGUCCUCCCCCUUUCCAGAACUCUCAGAACAAGAGUACCGCCGACAGCAGCAGCAGAGAUGAUAAUAGCCUAGAGAACGACGUAGACGAUGGUGAGUCUCCCGGAAUGACGAAGGACUCAAAGGACUCCGACAAGUUCAGUCGGGAAACACCGGCGGAUUCCCCCGCUAUCUCAAGUAAGGCGGACACGCCGAUACCGGAGGCCAGCAGCAGCCACGACGGCAACGACAGUCUUCUCCCGGACGACGAGAAGACUUGGCCGACCGUGGUAGACCUUAAUACACGGCUGCGUCGCGUGAUAUCCUCCUAUCAACGAAGCGUUAGUAAAAAGGAGGACAUCAAGGUUAUUUCGAAACCCGGAAAGAUGGGAAUGGAGGGCGAGACCGCUUCUAUGAAUCAUACCGGCUUGACGAUGCACGAACCGCCCUUGAAUAUGCAAGGAUGGGACUUGCAACAAUUAGCGAUGUAUCUUUUGAAGAUGGAGAAAAGAGAAAAGAUGGAGGCCAUAGUGAAGGAACGAGAACGUACUCGUAUCGAGGAGCAAAAGGCGAAGUGGACCCGCCGCGAAGAGAGCGAGUUCCUGCGAGUGGUGUCGACAUACGGCGUCAAUUACGACAGAAAGAAGGCCCAGUACGACUGGACCAAGUUCAAAAGUAUCGCUCGAUUCGACAAGAAGACGGACAACGAUCUCACGGACUACUACAUGUCGUUUAGAGCAAUGUGCAAGAAAGUUUGCAAUGCGAAAUUGAACGAGGAGGAAGACUUUACAGAUGUUCCAGUGGAUCAGCUGAGUCCUGCCAAAGCGAGACAAAUACUCGAUCGCGUCGAUCUCCUGAGCAAGAUUCGCGAAGAGAUCCUGUCGCAUCCGCAUCUUGAGGAACGACUCUCGUUGUGUCAACCGUCGGGAGAUACGCCGGAUUGGUGGCAGCCGGGGAAACACGACAAGGAAUUGUUACUAGGAGCGGCGAAACACGGUCUCGGGCGUACCGACAUAACUAUACUGAACGAUCCGGACUUUUCGUUUCACAAGCUUCUUGCAAGAGGAAUGUAUGCGAGCACGCAGACUCCUAAAGUGAUAGACAAAUCCGAGAAAGCGAUAAAGAUCGAGAAUAGAGAAGAUAUCUUGAAGUUCGACAAGGACGAGAUACUCGUGAAACUCGAGAAAGGCGAGGGAACUUUAAAGAUUGAAAAAGUUGGGGCGAAAAAGGACAAAGACCAAAGCGCUACCGAUAAGAAACCGGAGGACUCUGAGAUAAGUCAGGUGGAAUUGACAAUCGUCAAAACCGAGACGAAACCUGAAGAGAAGUCUAUUGGUAGUUCGUUGACGAUCACCAGUGUUACGAGAACGUCAGAUGUGGACAACGUCGCUGUGAAGAGCGAGGAAAAGAGCGAGCUAGCGAUAGAACCAGUUAAAUGCGACAGUACCAAAACCAAUCAGACAGGCACUGUCAAGUCGGCCGAUGAAAAGACCGCAAAGGAAACUAGUGCGGAAAGCGCGGAGAGCCCUACUGUUGUGGAACUCGAGAAGGAGGAUAAGAUUGAGGAAAAAGACGCUAAAAACGAAGUCGAAUCCACCGAGAAACCGGACGAGUCGCAAGCGCAAGACGCUGCGACCGAAACAGCUGAGAAAAACGAGACGGAAAUCAAAGAGAAGGUUGAGAAUGCCGAGAAGAGUGCCGAGACUACCGAGCCCGCUGUCGAAGAUGAUAAAAACAAAAACGUAAAGUCGGACAACGCACCGGCUAAAGAAGAGGUUGAAACGCAAGAAACAAAGAGCUCGGACGUUGCCAAUGAGAAGGCGAAGGUCCCCCCGAUCGAGGAUAAGUGCAGCGUCCAGGCCGCGGAAUUGAAGGCGAUGUUCCCGGAUCUAGAGGUGAUACAACCGUUGUCGCGAUUAACGCAGAUCGAUACGUUCGUUUUGCGGGACAAAUCGACGGAGUACAAUAACGAGCCUACGGUGAUGCAACUCCUGGCGCACGGCUGCGCUAAUACGUCAAUAAAGUGGCCGAAGGAGCACGCGAUCGAAGCUCGUUUAAUGCACAUUGUGCACGCGAUAGAGCACAAAGAAUGGCCGGUGUCGGUGAACUUCAGUGCCGGCGAGGAGCUGGAGCCUGCGCAAAGCGAGAAGGAAUGUUCGGAAGUGAUAACAAUCACCACGGACCACGGAGUGUCCAGAGCUAUAGCGAGCGGUAACAACAUCUCCGCUUCGAAGAAACGCAAGAGACAUAUCGCCAUAGACGUAGAGACCGAGCGAGCCAAGCUUCAUGCGCUUCUCAACAGCAGUCACUUGAGCACGCCGUCGCCCGCACCUCUCAGUAAACCGGUUGUCCUCUCCGGCUCAUCCACCUGGGAGAUCAACGACGAAUCCCAGUCCGAGGAAUCGCGACGCUCCACGCCGGUCCAACCACCUCCGGCGCACCAACAAACGCGAACACCGAAUAUGCCCUUCGAUCUGAAAUACACCGUUCCGGGGAAAACGACCAUCAUACCUGGGACAUCGAGCACUCUGACGCCUAUCGACCUAUCCGCUGGAUAUCCAAAGACAAGCACAGAUAGUAACAAAGACAUAAUGAACGAGGUGCAGGAUUUCUCUAUGCCGAACAAGAAUAAACAAGUCAGCAGCAAUAAAGGGAAAUUGGAUAGUAUGCUGGACAAACUCAUGAAGAGAAAAUCUUGCCCGACAGAGGAACCGGUGGUCGGAAAGGAAAAAAAGCGCAGGAAGUUGGACGAGAUAGUUUUGGGGCUGAGCGCCGCGAAGGAGCAACAGAGCGGCCAUUAUCUCGAGCAUGCCAAAAAGAACACGAUUACGCCCAACGUGACAGUGACUCCGACAUCGGCGCCGAUGGGUCUUUCCAAUCCUCCUCCGAGUGUCCAGAAGCCAUUCUCUAUUACCGUUACAUCGAUCCCGUCUUCUCGAGCCUCAAGUUCCACCACGUCCGUUUUACCGCCGCCGUCGUUGCACUCGCACAAAGAUACCUUCUCCGCCUUGCUAGCUCAGGCCGAGCAGCAGAAUCGUGAAUUGAAGAAACAGCAGCAGCAACAACAUCAGCAGCAGCAGCAACAUCAGCAGCAGCAGCAGCAACAACAGCAGCAGCAACAGCAGCAGCAGCAGCAGCAGCAGCAGGCGUUCAAUUCAGCACAUUCGUCUUCCUCGAGCAGAAAGAGUUACGAGGCAAUGAUCGCGGACAUCAACAAAGUCGCCGAGUACUCGUCCAAAAUCAGCUCAUUUUCGCACGAGGCCAAAGUGAACAAGUGGCUGGCGGAGCAAAACGCGAUGACGGAUCAACUGAGUGCGGAAUACUUAAAUGCUCCUCGACGACGCAGACCGCGCGUCGAUCCGUCCUUGUUGGAUUGGAAGAAGCUCACUGGUGAGGAGAACGUUGCUGUUAUCAACCGAGCAACUGGCAAGAAGAUGACCGGAAGUAAAGCGCCUCAGCUGAAACGGCUCGGAUCAUGGUUGAUGGAGAACCCGUUGUUCGACGUUGACCCUAAGUGGGCGGAGCUCGUGAAGGAACGCGGCAAUCUUCCGCAUGAUCUGCAGAAGAGAUUGUCGGGUAACGAGCGCAGCAGCGUGAACAAGGGCAAGAGCCCGGGCAGACCGCCCAUGAUGCCCAGUCCGACGAGUCAGCAGUCGGCGAAUACCGCCAACCUGGCGGCCACGUCGAUGGCGUCUGGUCUCAACUUCCCGCUCGGUAAUCUGAACAACUCGCUCCUGUCGGGCCUGUCGCUCGGCAAUUUCGACCCGAAGAAUCCGUUGCUAAUGCCGUUCGGCGGUCUGACGAACCUGGGCGCGCUCGGCGGCCUUGGUAAUCUCGGCAACCUGGGCAACAUGAGCCUAACGAAUUCGCUGUUCGCCAACCUGGCCGGGCUGGGUCUACCGUCAUUGGCGGGCAUGGAGGCGGCGCUGAACGCGCAAGCGGUAACCAGCAGCGCGGCGGCGGCUGCGGCAGCGGCAGCCGCGGCGGACAAUUCGGUUGUGAGCUCGGUGACUGGUAGCGGCGGCGGCAAGAACACCGGCGCCGGUUCUUCGUCGAGCAUGGGCGGUGGUGGAGGUGGCGGCAGUAGUAGCAAGUCACGUAGCAACAAACUAGAUCAGCCAACGACCAGCAAAUCCUCGGUCGGUGGCCCGUCGUCUCUGUCCGCUGUCUCGUCCGCGAGUUUGCCGACCCCCUCGCCAUUCCCAUUUCUCUUCACGAAUCCCAGCCUUCUCUACACGCCGCUGACCCUAAGCGGCCUGAAUCCGUUCUCCAUGCAGUCCAGCGGCGUGUCGUCGGCCUACGAGAGUCUCGCCCAAUGCGGCCUGCUGAAUCCACCGACAUCCAGCGCCUCCACGGUGCGCAAGCCCACCUCGUCCAGCAGCUCCUCUAGACAGCGCGAGACCGUACCGGAAUCCUCAUCCUCGUCAUCGUCGUCGUCGUCGACAACGAAACGGAAGGAGCCAGAGAAGAAGUCGUCUAGGUACGCGGUGGAUCCAGCCGUGGCUCUGCAGCAAUACACGGAUAUGGCGGCGUUGCAUAGCGGCGAGGAGAGACCGCAGCGGCGCGUCGAGUCGCAGCAGCAACAGCAGCAACAACAACCGCAGCCGCAGCAACACGAGAAGCGAGAAGCAGCUAUGACAGAACAGGCCGAUGUCGUGCCGGCGGAUCUGUCGGAGAAGAAGACCGAGCGGAAGAGCAAAGAGCAGGAGAUGAAAGAGGCUCUGGAACACCUAAGCAGGACUAGCGCCGAACUGGUUACGCGGAACAUCGACGACGCUCCGAGGUCAGAGAAGCCGCCCAGUAAGAGUCGCAGCGGCACAGACAGCAAUCAGAAUUCUGACCAGCAACAGCGAUCAACGCCGUCGGCGCAAUCAUCGCUAGAGGUCCUCCUGGAACCCGUUGCGAAGAAGAUGCGCAUUGAGAUAGACACAAGCGCGAAAGCGUCCGCGGCGAGUAGCGGCGAGGCGCCGACGGUGGAGAUCGAAGCUGUGACAAGACCGUCGCCGACGACUCCUACGAAGGUGACGCAGCAGCCCGCGUCCUCGCAGGAGGAGACAUCCAGCGUCCCGUCCGUGGAAACGAGUACGGCCAAGAAGGAAGCGAACGAGGCAACGACGACGACGACGACAACGACGACAACGGCGUCGUCCUCGUCCUCGUCAUCAUCUGUGAACGCGACGUCGCCGUCGACGCAGAGUACCAGCGCGAAGGGCGACGGUGGUAAGCUCGCUGCUCCGGAAGCAGAGGAAGAUGGCAAGGGCGGCACCAAGGCGGCGCCGAAGAAAGCGCGCAGUGGCAAACGUUUGAGCGUGGAGCCACCGCCAGAGCGUAAGAAUCUUCGCUCGAGCGCCGGUAGACAGGCCCGGGCGGCUGCGGAACGGCAGGCGCGGAUGGAGGGCGAGAUGCAGCACUCCGAGCAGCAGCAACAGCAGCAGCAGCAAGACAGUCACGUGGCCGGCGAGUGAGUCACGAGGUCUCGUCGGACUGCUGCCGCGAAGAAACGGUAAGACGACAACCACUGUAAGCGCUUCACGGCGCGAUCUGACGAGAGGAAUUCGGUGGACGCCCAACGUGAUCCACGUAUUCUUUUUCUAUUCUCUGAUUCGACACUGCUCGCACAACGAAGAUCUGUAUGUAGAUAAUUCCCUGUUCGACGCUUAGCAAGCGCGAAAGUGUUGUUAGGUGUUGUUUCUAUAUGAAUAUCGCGACGAGACGCGAGUGUAUCGAAAGGGGGCUACAAACAUUGGUAGAGACUACCGUAGCCUUCGGUUCGGCUCCUCGGACGACGAAAACGUGUGUGAAUAAAUGGGACUCCUUCCACUUGGGAGAUGGAUCAUGUAUCGUUAGUCAUUGACGGACCGUGUGUGUGUGUGUGACAGUGCACGUUUAUUGAAUUGAAACAAAAAAAAAGAGAGAGAACUCUCUCAAAUACGAAGGCUGCGAUAGUAUUUUAUCACUCGAUACUUUGUGUAGUAAUUAAUUUUUAAUUGCGUAAUUAUGAUACAAUAAAAGUAUAGUUUUGUUAAAUUUAUUAUCUACUAUCUCUUAUUGGUUUUAACCAGGGACUGUUUUAUAUAAAAAAAUAUAUAUACAUAUAUAUAUAUAAAAUAAAAUUGUGUACUCGCUACUGCGCAUAAAGCAAUUUACAUGAAGCAACGGAGGAAAAACGGAUUAUAAUCGUAAUGUAGAGAAAAAAAUAAUUACAGUAAUAACUUAAUAAAAAAAAAAGAAGGAAGAAUGUAAAUAUUAUAUACAAUUAUGCCUAUAGAGACAGUAAGCAAUCGUGUACUUGGAAAAGAAAAAUGUAUAUAACACAGUGUACUUUUAAUUACAUUAGGUGAAACAAUAAACAGCUUCUUUUGUUGUUUGCAAAUA